UCCUCCUCCAGCCUGGCCUGCCCCCAUUAUUCAGGCCAUGGCACGACACAGUCCUCGAGUAGGGACCGCGUGCAGACAGCCACUGGCCCAGCUCGCCGGGGCUCCAGAACGUGCCUGCGCCAACAUGGCCCCCAUCCCCUCCAGGUGAGUGCGGCUUCGUAAGGAAACAGCCGGCUGGCGGGGUUAGGCUGGCCCAGGCCCGGUCCCGGCCUUCUCUAAUCGCUGGAGCCCCGGCCAUCACACGCACCCACCCCCGGGGGCCCCAGGGGGAGGUCUCUCCUCUCCCCGCCCACUCUUUUGGAGCCAGGUAUGGGGUGCCUCGCCCAGCCACCAAGCGGUCCAAGCCCCUCACGUUUCCUGCUUACGUGCAGGAAAGCAGGAACCCAAACCCACAGCGACCUCCACCCCCUCCCCAGGGCUGGCGAGCGGGUGUGCGACGUGCCGGGCUGCGAGGUACCUCAUGGCAGCCUCCGCCCCAUGGCCUCCCGCUCUCGCCCCCGCCCCCGGGAAUCCCAUUGCGCCUGCGCACUUCCGCGGGGCUCUCCCUUCCAAACUUCCCCGCCCACAAGCUUCAGCCAAUCAGUUGCAAGGACUGCCCUGGGAUUUCUUCCCACCCCACUCCGGGCCCCGAACUGCACAUGGUGAUGUUUGUGUGGACGGCCCGCAAUGUUUGCUGGAGCCGGGCAGCGCCGUGAACGCCCCCCGGGACGCCUGCGGCCAGUCUCCCGUGCACCUGGCGGCGCAAGCCGGGCAUCCCUACUUUCUGCUCUGGCAGCUGCAGGCGGGGGCUGACCUCAAUCAACAGGAUGCGUUUGGAGAAGCUCCAAUACAUAAGGCAGCUAAAGUGGGGAGCUUGGAAUGCCUCAGUCUGCUUGUAGCCAGUGAUGCCCUAAUUGACUUACGCAACAAAAACGGGCAGACUGCAGAAGAUUUGGCAUGGUCUUGUGGAUUUCUGGAAUGUGCCAAAUUUCUCACAACAGUUAAACAUACACAGAGUAUGAAAUUAUGUGAACAGUCCAAACAUUCAUUCAACACUGACAAGCGUGGUUUGCUGCUUAAAAAUAAAAGAGCUUACAGAAAUGCAGACAACUCAAAUGGGAAGAAGCAGCGAUCAGAUGCAGGUCAUUUGUGUUAAAAUGGGAAGCUGACUGAAAAGAAGUUUGGAGCAGACCUUUAGACUGAUGAUCUCUUUCUGGGCCACAAGCUACUGGACUGAACCAUAAAAUGUUUUCAUCUUCUUCUAAGAAGGAGCA